CUACCAUGCCUUACACUUUCACACGCACUAAAAAAUUAACAAUCCUUGCACGUUUUUGUGUAUGCAUUUACAUGUCCAUGCUGUUAAUUCAUUUAAGCACACACACACAUACAUUUUGUGGGUUCCUUGUAAAAUUUAUGCAAUUGACGCUUCAAAUGAUUUCUUUUUGUGUUUGUGACACACUAAUGUAGUUUGUUGGUUGGUGAUCAUGAAAAUUGUCUAGGGUGGACUAUUUUUAGGAUGCUGAUUCCUGCAAAGGAUGAUGCUGACAUUAGAGGUUACAAUAUUCUCCUGAAGCCACUUUUCGAGAAGAACAGUGUCGUGGUUGAUUUCCAGUUCUUAUCUGGAGUUGGAAUUGUUAUGGUCUCGGCGAAAAAGGACUCUAAGCACUCCACUGCUCAUGCUAUUGAUGUUUUUGACGAGGUUCACAAAUAUUUUUUGAGCACCAUGCCUUGUCAGGAGUGUUGGUUAACAAGACUGCUUGUACCGGCUGCACACGCAAAAAAGUUGAUUAUUUUCCACACUUUGAAGUCCUAUCCAUGCAAUCUUAAUAUCUAUCUAACUGAUAACAUGUCAGUUUUUUCCCCUGGUGGUGUGAUUGUUGAUAUUGAAGGGGAGAGCGAGGAUGUACGUGAGGCAGCUCUGUUAAUUCUUUCUGAUCUGAGAGAGUUUGGAAUUGAUGAGAAAAUGUUGUUGGAGUUUAAAGCUGGAGAUGGUAUUCGUCCGUCAUCUUACGAAAUAUCUUCUUCCGGAUUUGCAUAUCUAGGGCUGAGGGCUCCUAGAAGGCGUGAGAUUAUACACUCAAGACGAAUUCCCUUGUUGUAUAUCGACUAUAUCAUGGGUAAAGACGGUGCAAAUCUUGACAACAUAUUUAAAUCAAGUCCAACCUCCGUUAUCUUGAAAAAGUUCAGUCUUAAGGAGGUGCUUAUUUAUAUUGUGGGCGAAUCAGUCACUGAGGUUAAGGCUGCUGAGAAGGUGAUGGAGGAUUUGAUUCCAGACAAAAAGAAAGGUGGGCUGCCUGUUUUUCAGCUCAUGCUUUCCAUGGACGUAGGCUUAGGUGGUGAGAUUUCUUAACAUAGUAUUUACUUUGUGGGCAUAAAACUAGUGUGUGGUGGGUGGGGGGAGGGGGUAGGCCUCAAAACUAAUUUGAUGUAAUUUACUUCCUUUCUUGAUGUAUCACAAUCUGCAAUGUUGUGUUUGUUGAGAUUCAAUCGUCGCUUUUCUUCGGAUUGCAUUUUGAUCUACUUCACAUAUACUUCGUCAAAUAUUUGUCGUUGGUUGCGAGGCCCGGUGUUUUACGGGCUGGAUUUGGCCUGUACACCAAGAAUGUAAGCCGGAUUGAAGAAUGUAAGCUUUUGUGUGUGUCUACACAGUACACACACAUACACCAUCUACUACCUCCGUCUCAAAGUAUUCGUCCAUUUUGACUUUUUCGAGUCCAACUAAAUGAACUUUAAAGCUUAAU